UUUUUUGGAUCAUGCGCGAAGCCAAGAGCCGGAUUGUCACAGAGAGUGUCAGAAUACACCCGUUUAUCCCGCGCGACUAGUGACCUAAGUCAAGAAAUUUCAUCGAGCCUAGAAAAAUAAUUUCGGUGACUUCGUCAUCGACUCGGAAGUCUUGAAUCAUCAAUAAUGGGGAAGGAAAAGAUUCACAUAAACAUUGUGGUCAUUGGCCAUGUCGACUCGGGAAAGUCAACAACGACCGGCCACUUGAUUUACAAAUGCGGCGGCAUUGAUAAACGAACGAUUGAAAAAUUUGAAAAAGAGGCUCAGGAAAUGGGAAAGGGUUCCUUUAAGUACGCUUGGGUGUUGGACAAGCUCAAGGCGGAACGCGAACGUGGUAUCACUAUUGAUAUUGCUCUGUGGAAGUUUGAAACGGCCAAGUAUUACGUCACUAUAAUUGAUGCACCAGGUCAUCGUGAUUUUAUAAAGAAUAUGAUUACCGGGACAAGUCAAGCCGAUUGUGCAGUAUUAAUUGUCGCAGCGGGAAUUGGAGAGUUCGAGGCUGGCAUUUCAAAGAAUGGACAGACUCGUGAACAUGCUCUUCUGGCAUUCACUCUGGGAGUGAAGCAACUGAUUGUCGGGGUCAACAAAAUGGACAUGACCGAUCCGCCGUACUCCGAGAGUCGCUUCGAGGAAAUCAAAAAAGAGGUCUCGUCGUACAUCAAGAAAAUUGGUUACAACACUUCUUCCGUUGCUUUUGUUCCCAUUUCCGGAUGGCAUGGGGAUAACAUGCUCGAGCCGUCUCCGAAGACUGCUUGGUACAAGGGAUGGAAAGUGGAGCGCAAGGACGGAAAUGCUGAUGGGAAGACUCUAAUUGAGGCGCUGGAUGCUAUUCUGCCUCCGUCUCGACCAACUGAUAAGGCUUUGCGACUUCCUCUGCAGGAUGUCUACAAGAUUGGAGGGAUUGGAACCGUUCCCGUGGGACGCGUCGAAACUGGCAUUCUGAAACCAGGAAUGCUCGUGACAUUCGCUCCAGCUGCUUUGACAACCGAAGUGAAGUCCGUCGAGAUGCAUCACGAAGCUUUGACAGAGGCUCUGCCUGGGGACAAUGUCGGCUUCAAUGUGAAGAAUAUUUCAGUGAAGGAAUUGAGGCGCGGUUACGUGGCGGGCGAUUCGAAGAACCAACCACCCAAAGGGGCGGCCGACUUCACUGCCCAAGUGAUUGUCCUCAACCACCCUGGACAAAUCAGCAACGGAUACACUCCAGUGUUGGACUGUCACACCGCUCACAUUGCCUGCAAAUUCGCCGAGAUCAAGGAAAAGUGCGACCGUCGAACCGGCAAAACCACUGAAGAAAAUCCGAAGAGCAUCAAAAGUGGAGACGCUGCCAUUGUCAUGCUACAGCCAACCAAGCCUAUGUGUGUCGAAGCAUUCCAAGAAUUUCCACCCCUGGGCAGAUUUGCCGUUCGUGACAUGCGCCAAACUGUUGCUGUCGGUGUCAUUAAGAGCGUCAAUUUCAAAGAUACUCAGGGCAAGGUUACAAAAGCCGCGGAGAAGGCCCAGAAGAAAAAGUAACCAUCAAGCUUCCUCGGAAGAUACCCAAAGAAAAUCCUCCAAAAAUCUGGAGCGCAAUUUUCCAUACUUGCGUCAUUCUUUUCGACUUUUUCAAGUAACGACACUUCUUUCUUGUUUUUACCCCCUCUACAUUACCCGGUAGUAUUGAAUCCUCGCAUUUAUCCGAAUUUGCAUAUUCAAUUCACCCACGCCCCUCGCACUCCCCACAUAUGCUAGCAUUCAAUUUAACAAUUGUCCGUUGUACGUUAAAAUUGGCAAAGUGCAAAGUCCAAUUAAUGGUCAAAAUAUUACUCAGUUUCCUUGAAUACACUCAGUGUAGUUAAAUUUUUAAUUCAAAUAUAACUGCGGGGAUGUGAAAUAUUUGUGAACUGAAAUGAGGCAAUCGAGACAAAAGUUUUUACAACUGUCAAAAAAUUUCUUUUUCAAUUUGAGAGAAACAUGUUUUACUGAAACAUUACAUUUUUCUUACUAUGUGUGUUUAUAACAAAAUGCUGGCCUCGCAUCCCUUUAGUUUUUUUAUUCAAUUUUUAAAAAUCAUUCUUUACGAUGAGAUUGAUCAAGGCUGAUAUAUAAGUUUCGAAAUAUUAUUAAUUAUUAUAUAAAAUAUGUAUGUUUGUUAUUAUUUAUAAUCAUCGUUUUGUUAAUUGUUUUAUAUUUAUACUCAUGACUGUAUUAAC